AUGUGUCCCCCAGCGAUCAUCGCCCCCUCGAUCCUGAGCGCCGACUUCGGCACCCUGGGCAGCGAAUGCUCAACGAAGAUCGCCCAGGGUGCGGACUGGUUGCACGUCGACAUCAUGGACGGCCACUUCGUCCCCAACAUCACCUUCGGCGCGCCGGUCGUCUCCGCCAUCCGGUCGCAUGUUGCGCGUCCCACGGAGGCCCACGGCAAGGGCACCUUCGACUGCCACAUGAUGAUCAAGGAGCCCCACAAAUGGGUCAAAGAAUUCAAAAAGGCCGGCUGCGACCUGUACUGCUUCCACUACGAAGCGGCCGUCUCAUCGGUGGCAGCCACCGAGCCCGCGGACUCGACGACCACGCGACACACCUCGCCCAAGGAACUGAUCCGCUACAUCCACGACGAAGGCAUGCAGGCUGGCAUCGCCAUCAAGCCCGAUACCCCCGUUGACGUGCUCUGGGAGAUCCUGGAGAGUGAAGACGCGAAGGAGAAGCCGGAUAUGGUCCUCGUUAUGACCGUGCAUCCAGGCUUCGGCGGACAGAAGUUCAUGGCCUCGGAGCUGCCCAAGGUGAAGGCACUGCGGGAACGGUACCCGGAGCUCAACAUCGAGGUUGACGGCGGGCUGGGCGUGGGCACGAUCGACCAGGCGGCCGAGGCGGGCGCCAACGUCAUCGUCGCGGGGUCGGCGGUGUUCGGCGCGCAGGAUCCCGCCGACGUCAUCGAGAAGCUGCGCCAGGCGGUGAACAAGUACCGCAACAACAAUGGGAAACAAGAGUAA